UUUGACUUUUUAUGUCAAAAACGAUAACAUUCGUAUAAAAAGAAAAAAAAUAUAAUAAAUGUAUAUAAAAUUCUAAAACACUAGAGGUGGUUUGAUACUAAACUGCAAGAAUGGGCCUUAAGAAAAAGAAAAAUGUUAUUAUCCUGUCAUGUUGUAUGGUUGCUUGUUUUAUUUUGUAUCAGCUGUAUUUCUUCUUAACCAUAACAUCAGAAGCUAACAAUAAUAUAGUGGUGCCUGUACUGGAUUAUAAAAGUGUUGUAAAUUUACUACACUUGCGUUCAGAAGAUGACAAAUACAUAAAUGAACACGGUAUGAUACGUGGUAUAUAUUACGCUGACCUCAAGAACUACCGGCCGGACUCAAAUAAAGAAUUUAAGUGCAAAACAUCGCAUCAAAAAAUUCCAUUUGAACGAUUGAAUGAUGACUUUUGUGACUGUGAAGACGGCACGGACGAACCAAGCACUACUGCCUGUCCUGACGGAAUAUUCUACUGUGAUACACAAAGCCCAAGGAAACAAUCUUUAUCGAUACCAUCUAGUAAAGUAAAUGAUGGUAUAUGUGACUGUUGCGAUGGUUCUGACGAGUGGAUGCACAGUAAUAGUGAUAAACUUCUUAGUCAAAGUUCACCCAAACAUUAUAGAUUUUAUGUAGCUAAGUGCCCUAAUAACUGUAACAAAUAAGUGAUUAGUGAAUUUAGCACAAAUCAAUGAAGAAGGUUGUAAAUAUUUGUAAAUAGUAUAUAAUACUAAAGAUUGUA